AUGGGUAAAUGUAAUCUGAAUCCAUUGUAUUUAAUCAGAAGAGAUACUGAUUUAAGUAGCAUUGACUGGUGCGAUUACAUUGUGGAUUGUUUGGUAAGGACGAAGAAGGUUUACAACCCAGAGAAAGAAUCUUCUUUCUUUUAUGGACCAGCAGCAUACCUUAUGUUGUUGUAUGUGGAUACUUUCAAGUUUGAUCAUUUGCAAGUCACACGUAAACGUCCAACUAUUUUUUAUUGGACGUCAGAGAAGAUAAGGUUUCUUGAGGAUAUUUUACAAGAGAGUGGAGGAUUUGGAUGUGGACAUGUUAAUGAAGCAUAUGUUGAAGAAGAAUUUCAAGAAUCUGAGUAUAAUGAGGAGGAAUCUGGUGGUGAUGAGGUUGAAUCUGAUGGUGAAGAGGAUUUAUGUGAUGAGGAUGAAGAAGAUUUUGAUGUUAAUAAAGUUAGUGAUGUGGAGAUUAUGAUCAAGGGAAAUGUUCUGGUUGGUCAGGGGGAUGGAAGUGAUCCACAUGAGGGCAAUAUUGGUAAAAAUCAUGUUGAAGGUAAAGGUGAUGAUGAUGAAGAUGAUGAACAAGGAAAUGGAAGUGGAUGUGAUAAAGAAGAGGCCAUGAAUUUAAAUUCUGUUGUCGAAAAUGUUACUAAGAGUGUGGGUCUAAUUGAUAGCCAGGAAGGUGUAUCUUUUAGUCAAUUUAUUUGCGAUCCAGUUGUUGAAAGUUUUCUUAAAACUUUGGAUCAAGGUACUGAUGGUUGUUUAAAUCAGAAACUAGUUGAAGAUGAUGUGAAUUUGAAUUUGACUGGUAUUGAUGAUGGGACUGUAAAUUUGGGUGAGGAUGAUCAUAAAAAUAAAGAUGGAGAAAAUGUUGAAGAUUGUUCAAAUAAAAACAAGGAUUCAAAUGAGACUCGAUCAUUGAAAAAUGAUAUUGUUCCAAGUUUUAGUCUUGGAUUUAGUCAAGAUUCUGAAGGUUCCAAGAAGUCAUCUCAAAGUCAAAUUUCUUCUGAACGGAUGACAAAGAAAAAGAUUAAGGAUAGAGUUAUUUUGGGAAAACCAAGUGUUGGUCCAGAGUGUGUUAUUCCAAAUGUUGAUGUUAUUGAUGCUAGUCCAGUUUCUUUUGCACCCCCUUUGGGUACAUUAGAAGGACCAUCAAAACCUGUUUCUGGCAAACCUAAAGAUAUAAAUGAAGAAGCAACAUCAGUAGUGGAUAUCAAAGGAAAGAGACAAAUGAAGUUUUCUUAUGUUUAUAAGUCACCAUUUAAGGAAAGGGAUAUUGUAUUGCUUAUGGAAACAGAUGUUAUUGGUUUUAGAGCUAAUUAUGAAAGUCUUUUUAAAAAAACCCAUUUGCAUGUUAGUGUUCUUGAUUCAUGGUCUCGUAUACUAAAUCAUCAAGAGAAAUUCAGAGAUGUUGUUAAUUCUCCACUCAGAUUGUUCAUGAAUUCUGACACUACUUUGUCAUUUGAAUAUACUCAUUUGAAUGAAACUGCAAAAUAUAAAGUUUUCAAGGACAGCUUCUCUCGCAGUGUUUCUGGUGAUAGAGACUUGAAGGUAUUUUUCCCGGUUUUGAGGCAUAAGCACAUAUAUCUUAUUGUUAUGAAUCUGAAGAAACGUGCUUUUGAGGUUAUCGAUAAUGGUGCAGAUGAUGCUGAUUUCGAUGAUAAGUAUGGUGCAGUUUUUAAACCUCUUAAAAAGUCUUUUUUGAAGUAUCUAAAAGAGAUCGAUCAUGUUAAAGCAAAUGAAAUGGCUGAUAAAAAUCUUACUCCAAUAUGUAGUAAAGAUUUGUUAUGUUCAAUGGAGAUAAUCUUUCUAAGUAAUGGUGGAAGAGUUCUUGGAGUCAGCUACAAUCUGUAUGAAAAUCUAGCUAGGAAUAUGAAGAACAAGAAUCUUGGAAAAUGGGGAACGUGA